GUGGCGCGCAAAUCCGUUCGUUAAAAUAAAAUUCGUUCGUUAACGCAACUGUGCUAAGUGUGUUACAUUAUAAGUGUACUUAUAAAGACUAUUCUUAUAACAAUUAAUAUUUCACCAACACUCCGUGCGUGAACAUUUAUUGUAAAAAUUCGAGAAGUUGAAAAAGAUGGUCCGCCAUCUUGACUCGAUUCGUUCUCAAAAUUUGUCCCUUCACAAAAAAUACUCGUUAAAUAAUAAAGUAUUCGUUAAAUAAUUUCGUGCAUCCAUACAAUUGUUCGGAAAGUGUUCUCCAACGUCCAGGAAAAUGGAGUUCGAGUUCAAGACGACUUCCAGAAUCCAGUUUUGAAUUUUUCACAUUCCGGAGCAGACACGCGGCACAAUGGCGAACAUGGACACGUCGCCGACACUCAGUAUCGGUGGCUCGAGGGCCAGGGCCGCCCUUUUGACUACUACCGGUAGCGGAACCGGAAGUACCGAUAGACGCGUUGUCUUUUUAGCGAGCCAACCGAACGUUGGAAGUGGUCACGAGACGAAGACCUGGCCUCACCAUUGGUCACCGCACACGACCGGGAACAGUUACAAAUCGCCCGAGGAGUCGCCGCAUUCGGAGCACAGCAGAUUGAGGAUGUCUCGAGGGCAGACAGGCUGGGCAGACGAGCCGUGCACGUCGACCGGUGGCCGGAACGUGGUUCGACAAUCCGCGGGACCAUCAUCGAGGAGGACGCCUCCCCUCCUCGAAGAUCACACUUCCGGUACCGCGUCGUGCAAAGAAGGAUUGAGGUUAGGUGUCUACGGCUGGAGAAAGAGGUGUCUGUACUCUCUGGUGCUGACUUUAAUGAUCAUCGUUAUCCUGAACCUGGCUCUCACCGUGUGGCUGCUGAAAGUCAUGGGAUUUAGUUCUGAGGGAAUCGGCUCGCUGAAGGUGGUGCCCGGAGGGAUCGAGCUCAGAGGUCAAGCUGCCGUUCUGGAUACCCUGGUGGCCUCCAGCCUCAGAUCCAGACGAGGAAAGAAUCUGGUUCUCGAGUCUUGGAGCAACUUCACUGCGUCUGCCAGGUCGCACGAUGGCCGACUACUCGCGCGAUUCACCGUCGGUGAAGAUCGCGUGGACUGUGUGUCGAGAGGGUUUCGAAUAACCGACCCUCAAGGAGGAAUCCUCUUCUCGGCGGACAGGGAGCAGGUGGUGGUGGGAGCUGAAAUGCUGAGGGUAACCGGCGACGGGGGUGCCGUUUUCCAAGGCAGCGUUCAAACACCGCUGGUCAGAGGGGAAUCGGGUCGUGGACUCAGACUGGAAUCGGCGACCAGAUCCUUGAAAAUCAGCGCACCCCAGAGAGUGGCGAUCGAGUCCUGGGCCAACGAGAUAUCAGCUUCCUGUCUGACCGACCUGAAGCUGCAGAGCGUGCACGGCGCCAUCAAGUUGGACGCGAAAACGUUGUUCAUGAAGGGUUUGAAAACUGCCAGUCCUAGUCAGGGACACUCGUCGAGAGAGCAACAGCAGCAGCACUCUUCCCGGACAUCCUCUCACCAGAAUCAAAGGGACACGACCAUAUAUCAGUUAUGUGCCUGUGCUAACGGCAAACUGUUUCUCGCUAGGUCCGAGGGAAUCUGUCAGGCGGACAAAUCAAUUUGCUAAUACCCGACUGGAAGAAAUCGCCUCGAACGAACCUUCCAGUUAAUUGAGCCCGAUCAAAGACACUGGGUACCUGUGAGAACGCGAACGAACCCGUGACGAUGAAAGUGUCGAAUGUAGAAUCCAUGGCAGGUGACGAUAUACGGUAGUCCCGAGUUCGCCUAAGGCCUUCCGCUUUUCGCUGGUGUUUCCGUGUUCUAGAGCAGCCAGUCUUUCGUCGCGAUGAGGAUCCGGAGAACUUGGAAGCCGUCGAAGGACGCUAUAGAAAGUGAUCCAGGGAGUUAGAGUUCUUCCAAGCUAGCCAGUAAAAUUGCCUAAAUCGCGCGUUAAGUCCUGUAUACCUUCGCUGAGAUAAAAAACGAUCUGGCUGGCAAUCGUCACCUCGUUCCUGUCUGUCCCUAUGCCCGUUAGACUGAACCGUUUUACCCCGCGUUCCUGGUUUCUUUGCGCAAAACGUUCGCCAGACCAUAAGCAACGAUUUGCAGUUCCUUCGUACCAAUGAACGAGAAGUGUCGAAGUGUGAAUAACUUGGUCGCGUUAGCUGCAUAUGUCUGUUCGCCCGAGUACGCCGAUUAGAGGGACGUCGCGAUUAGAGGAACGUUUAUUUUGGUGCGUGUUUUAUGGUAAAAUGGGAGGCGCGAGUGUAGUUCACUGUAAAAGGAUCAGGUUGUGAUCCAGCUUGUACGCUGUACA